UUCAUUUGACAUUUGUAUGUAGCCGUCUGUUUUGACAAUUGCAUUUUGACAUAUUUUAAGGUUAGAAAAUUUUAACAUCUCUUGUGAACUUGGUUUUCUUGUGCAAAAUUAAGCAAGCAGAUUUUCUCUACUGAUACCCUCGGUUGCCGCUCAUUACAUAACUUGCGAAAAUGUCUCAAGCUCCAGUCCGUGUAUCUCCCUUGAUCAAAUUCUUCAGAUGGUCCUUGUUGACCGUCGGUGUUGGCUACGGUGCCUUCCACCAAAACCGUCUGUCCAAGAAGGAGGAGAAGGUUCGCGAAAUCGAAGCCCAAAAGAAGGCUGUUCGUGACGCCAAAUUGGCCGAGGAGAAGAAAAUCAGUGCCGCUGCCGAAAUCCGUGCCUUGGAGGAAUUGAGCAAACCCGCUCCCAAGAAGGCAUAGAUUCAUCGCGAGUCAACACAAGUUCAUUGUAUAAUUAG